AUGGCCAACAUUUGUACUUACUAUCUUGAUCAGACUCUACCGGAGAAACACUUUGCCAAGUCCGAGGAAGACGACGCCUUCCUUGAGUGCUGCUUUGACUGCGGUGACCGGGCCAAAACGCUCCGCCCGGGAAAGAAGCUGCCGGAGCUGCUUGAGCACUUCCGCCUCGGUGCAGCCAGCAAGGAGGACCCGACCUUUAAAGAGGACUUCCACGUGGCAACCCGUGUGGCAAACGGUGACAUGGAGCCGAACUUUCCAUUUGGAUCCGUUUCGAAGGAAGUGCAGCACGGCUUUGAAAGAGAGUACGCAAGGAUUACAGGACACCUGCCAACGGAGCUGGGGAGCAAGGGGCCUGCGCUUGUGAAGCUGCCCUACAUGUCACCAAGUGCGCAGAGCAACUACUACCUCGUCGACAUGGUGGGCAUGGAGGCGCACAUCAUUGCUUCGGUUCGCAAGGUGAAGAUUUACUACAAUGUCUGCACCCAGCUCGAGGUUGCCAUCUUGGAGCACGGGAAGCAAUUGACGAAGGACCAUGCAAGGGCUGUCUACAGCCACGCCGUCAGCAACGAGCAGAAUGUACGUCCCCAACCUCUGAAGCCAGCUGCCAACCGUCCCCAGUCCGUGGACUUCUUCACCAAGAAGUUCCAAGGCUUGGCAGAGGCGGCGGAGGCAGCAGCUGGCAAGGCAGAGGAAGCUGUCGUUCCUGGAGAUGGGUCCAGCGAGGAUGGAGCUGAGGACAAGCAGGUCGUGCCCCAGAAAACCAUGGGUCUUCUUUUCGAUGAAGCGGAGUCGAAGCCGAAGAAGAAGCCCAAAGCAUCUGCUUCAAAGCAAUCCGCCUCCGCAGCAGCUGGGACUGGGGCUUCAGUGGCUUCAGCUCCUGGCACUCCAGCACCGACGGUUCCGGGUGCCGGCAAGAAGUUGGAUGCAAUUGAGACGGCCUCCGCAUCGACAGCGGGAAAGAAGACCUUGCAGAACCUCGACAAGGACAUGACCUUUGUUGCUCAGCGACACCUCCACAACUGUCCGACUUCCAAGGCCACCUCGUUGGAGCACUUGAUUCCGGCAUCCUUUCUCUUGGAGCCAUCCAAGCAGCUGUCCAACAGCCUGAGCGGUGCCAAGCGUAUCUUGGAGUCAUUGAAGGGCAAGAGUGAGACUGUCGCCUGCAACCUCCUCCACGAGAGAAUCCUGCAAUGCGAACACGCGACCGCAUUGACUUCGGGACUUUCAACGACGCCAAUGGCAGCGGUGACCGCGCAUGUCAAAGGCACCUCCGCCCUGUGGGACCGCUACUCGUACAACCUGCAGAUCGAAGUCUGCGGAAAGUACGCAGGAGAGCAGCUGGAGCUGGCUUGCUUGUGCAUUGACAAGCCGGAGGCAAGCAAGUGUGACAAGGAAAUGCUGGCGAAGAUCAAGAUGGCUCAGGAGGGCUCAGUUGAGGAGUUCAUGGAGGCGUUCUUUGACUUCCUCGACUUGCGAGGUGACUCGACAAAUGCUGAUGAAAAAAAGGCAUUCCGGGGCGACAACCCACACUUCUCAGACACUUUGUCCUUGCUUCAGAGCUCCUUGGAUGAUUCCGUCUAUAGCGUGGAGGCCAGCUUGGACAGGACCAUGCAAGAGUUCGACUUGAUUGAUGCGAUUGAGGAUGGCGCAGACAACAAGCAGCCGCAGCCCAAGGAGAACCUCGAGAUGGCAAAUGCUUUCCUGCACCUCUUCCUGAACGAGUCAUUCCUGAACAUCUUGAACGGUGGCCAAGAGCAUGCGAACUUCCUCGCUGUGCUGGCCUGCCAGUUCCUGAAAUGCUACCACAAGCAACAGGAAUUCUUCGAGGGGCUGGCCAGCAUGACAGAACUGAUUCCCAUCAAACAGGCCUUUGAGGACCUUGCCCGCUUCUGGCAAGCCGUGCUGUACUUGUUGGAUGAAGUGUGUGAGCUGGAGGAUGGUCGUGAACUGACUGGUUCAGCUCCGGACGUCUUCUUCCUGAGCGAUUACUCCGGACCGGGCUUCUUCCACCGCAGCAUCAAGGCUAUCUUCACCCAGGCCGGCAGCUUUUGGCUAGCACAAGUUCGUGACGUGGUCAAGACGGCUGGAAGCAAAGCUCUUUUGUCUCCGAAGCUGCAGAAGUUGAAAGAGCUUCUUGCGGGCUCCUCGACAGAAGCCUCAGAAGUCUCAGCUGCCAGACUCGUGGAUGUGAACACCCUCCUGGGUGAAGUCAAGGGUGGAGUUCGGGCCUUGGAGUGGUCCUCCCUUUUGGGCAAGGUCGCUGAGCUCGCCGUGGCCACGGCACGGAGCAUGAUGCAGUCGCCUGCGGGCCAGACAGCUGGCGAAAACUAUGCUUCCACGUCUGUGGAAGCAGUGUCAAGCUUGCUGGUUGCUGCCAGCUCCGUUGCUGGCGUGCCAACUGUCUACGAGGAUUUCAAGGCUUGGGUUGGCAGCACCAAGGGUGCUCGACAGGUGGCUGAUUUGGUCCAGGUCAUGAAGUCCGCGAGCCGCAUCUCCAUCGACUAUGAAGCCGUGAGAAAGUUGCUGCCAGAGACGUCCUUGCAAAUUCAGGGGACGGGAGCCGGCGAGGUCAUGACAGCGGCGAGCCACUUUGUGCACAAGUCGUUGCUGCACAUGACGGACAAGAUCCUCGGCCCGGACUUCAAGACAGCGGCUGACGUGAAGGGGCAGAUGCUGACCACGCUGCAGUUGGCCAAGGCCGUGUUUGCGAACAAUGCCGCUACGACGACGGCUUCUACGCCGCCGGAAGACGGAGAUGCAAAAGGCCUUCAGGUCUUCGGGGUCGUGCACGGGUACGUUUUGACCCUGGUUCAGUUCUCGCAAUCUGGGAUUAUCUACGUGGGGCAGCGGAAGAAGCUGCAAGGCACAGACUCAACAGAGGCCGCUGAGUCUCAGGCGACCAAAGAGCUGCAACGUGGUAUCCUGAUUCUGAAGAAUGCCAGAGACAAGUGCUUGGCCGCCGUGAAGACGAGCUUGGACUUCCUGAAUGAGAAGAUUCACCCCUCCGAGGAUGCAUUGUUCGGUGCGAUUGCGAAUCAGUCGCCAGAGCUGUUGCAGGAGCUAUUGGAUCUUGACCUCGCCAAGCACUUCCCUUUGCGUGCAGACGAGGUGUAUGUGGAUGCGGUGUCGAAGCUGUUUGUCGCCUACUCCAGGGAGAUUUCUGAAUCAGCAAGCCAGGUCAAGUCGCUUCUGAAAGGCUUCGAGGAGGGUGGCCCCUCUUCCUGGAAGAAGGACUUGCCGACAGAGAAGCCUGAUGUGGACAAGGUGACCUUCGCGGAUCUGCUGAGUGCUGCUGAGGAGUCCGUGGAGAAGGUUGAUGGCAAGAAGCUGCGACAGUGCACUGAGGCUUAUUAUGAGGUCCUCAAGACGGCCAUGGACGUCAUGGAUAAGUUCGAGAGCAGCGAUGACGUCCCAACGAUGGCCUCGGCCCGUGAAGUCUUGAAGACUGAGUUGGCUUUUCACUUGCCAGACAUGCGCAAGGGGAAAAUCCUUGUCAUGGAGAUGAUGUUGGUGCGGCAGCUUUCCAAGGUGAAGGGCAAGGACAUUUCCAUGGACAGCAAAGACCCUUCCAUCGUGGACAUGGAGGGAUUGCUGACCAAGCAAACAAUUUUCCUUUCCAGCAAUUUGCUGGGAUUGACAAGCAGCAGUAUUCAGCCAGCGUUGUGGCAAGCUGUGCAGAAAUUCUCUAAGUGA